AUGUCGCGGGCCUUGGAUGCCGAAACGGCGGCCUCAUUACGAAUGGGAGAUCCACUGGAAGCGUAUGACACCAUCUCCAGCGCUCUCGUGCCGCCCAUUGACGGCUUACUCGACAUCGAGGUCCUCGGCAAGAGCCACUUCCUCGAAGGGAACCAGCACGUCCUCGUGGACGGUCGAGCACUCGGCAUUUCAAAACUGAGCCUUGUUCAGGCUUUCAUGGUUGCGAGGGGGAAGUUGAAAGGCCAUCUCGACGGAACUAGUCUGCAGACACCUGAUGAGCUGUUCGCAGCGACAGCAGUCAUCUUGAUGUUCGACCCGGAGCACCUCACGGCGGCCAACACCAGGAAGCGCCUGCUUCGAGAAGAUGUAUCCAAGGGCGGGGUUCCACGAUCAGCACUUGAGACGGAGAAGCGCUUCGUCGAUAGCCUCCUGACAAGCAGGCUACACAGGCACACCAAGUCGCCCACCCUGUGGAGCCAUCGCCGCUGGCUGCUCGGCUCGUUUUUGUCGCUCCAAGUGCCUGUGGAUGUGCUAUCCGACCUGAGAGAAGUUGUGUUCGUCGCCGGGGAAAGGCACCCGAGGAAUUACUAUGCCUGGUGCCAUGCUCGGUUCCUGAUGGGCUUAAAAGGGAGUAUUCCUUUUUCAGAAACGCUGGCGGCGGUGCGGGACUGGUGCUUCCAACACCACACCGACAUAUCCGGCUGGUCCUUCCUCCUUCAUCUUCUUGAGAUCCGGAAUAACCUGACUGGUGAAACCGGGCACUCGAUCUUCGCAGAGGUUCUCGACUUGGUUAUCUCACUUCGUCUAGUCAACGAGUCGGUUUGGGUUUUUCUACGGACCCUUGCAGCCUCCCACCUCGUUGACGAUGAGCAAUACGCACGGUUUCAAGCCGUUCAGGCCGCUGCUGUUGAAGCCUCCAAGGAAUCGGCAGAUGGAACAGUGCUGCGUGCUGCUCUGGACUGGUCUGAUACAUAUCGGCGGCACAACGGCAUCCGGGUUGCAGGUGCCUGA